AUGCCUCUUUACCAUGUGGCAGCAUCGUCAAGAACAAAAGAGACGUCGUGGUUAACCCCAUCUUCGUCGUCCACGGCAACGGAAACUCUUCCCAUGGACGAGUCGCCCGUGGUGCCGCCUGUGAGCGAUGCCGCGAUGGCCGUGUACGACUUGGAGCUGCGGCUGCUCUUGACCACGGCGUUGGCCAACAACAAGCGCUACACAGAUCAGUUUGGCCAUAUCCUAGACGACGGGUACCGCCUCGCGAUGGAGAAGCGGCACUUCAGAGCGUUCCGACGGCCGACGCACACAUCCAAGCACGACGACUUCCUCGUCGUGGGUGUCGUCACGACCAAGUUGGACGACAUCGGGUACGCGCUCUACGCCGACACGUCACAAGCCAGCCGCACGAUCAACUCGUUCUUGUACGGGAACGAGUUUGUCGGCGGAGGCAUCUUGCACACGCACACCAUCAAGUCACCCGCUGACCCGUAUCGGUUCUUUGGCGUCAAGCAUGCCAUCUACCAACUGUUGGCGCCUUCACUCUUCAAGCGACGCGAAGCGGUCUAUUUGGAGAGCAUGGGGUCCACGACUGUCGACGGCCUUCCGGCGCUGUACACAAUCCGUCGGUCCGUGGACUUGCCCCAGUACUUCGGCGCGCGAGGCUGCGUGCGAAUGGACAUCCAGUUAGUGAACGUGUUCAUGGCGCUUCCAUCGGGCCACGUGCGGUAUUUCAUCAACAUGACCAUCAACCCCCAUGGAAACUUCCCCGCGUGGAUGUCCAACCAGCGCAGUGCCAAGCUGUAUCACGUCAUGUCGACGCUGAGUCAGCUGGCACAGAUCCGGCGCCUCAUCGCCGCGCCCACGAUGCCGCCGCCGACGUCCAUCAUCGCUGCCCAUUCGUCGCAGAAGUGCUGCAUGUGCCCGUGCGUGUCAAAAAGGUGGCGGUGGUGCCGCACCUGCGGCCAGGUCACGUGCAUUGCAUGUGCGUUUCACAUUUCCAAGCCAGGUCACUUGCUGCGGGCGUCGCAGGCGCCAUCGACCGUCACGGCGUCCUCGUCGGCCCCGACCUCCAAACAGCGUCCUCCCACAACGCUGUCGUCGCAUGCGGCGUUGUCUGCCAUGGUAGCCCCCCAUGUCAAGGAAGACUAUUGCAAGAAAUGCUUCCAUAAAGCACGCAAUCCCCAAGCAUUCAAGCCGCCAGACACGGCCCUCGCGGGGGAAUUCGCCGACCUCGUGCCCCAUGACAUGGACGACACUCGCGCGACGCCGCGGCGGCGGUCCUCUCGCGCCAGCAGCGCCGCCCAAGCCCUUGCCCAGUAUCCGCCCGUGAUGAAACAUCGCACCGACUCGUCAGGCGACAUGUACACACCGCUGGCAUCGACGGCCAGCAGCACGACCAGCAGCAAAGGCUUUCGCACUCCCAAAGGGGUCCCGUCGCGCAUCCUGCACAGUGAAUUCAACACCCCACGCCAUCACAAACGACUCGAACGCACUGCGUCGGACGGCCAGUUGUUUCGACCGACGACCCCCAAGGGCGACGCCCCUACAGGGGACAAGCUGCUGCCACUGGAAGAGUCUGCGAUCGAGUUCAACCCCGACCUGUUCGAGUCGCUCCAGUACCAGCGCAAGUUGCUUGCAGACAUGCAAGCGCUGUUGUUGUUGUCGUCAUCAACCAAGUCAAGUCCUCGGCAUGCCACGCCGUCGUCGUCGUCCCAUGUCGCAUAACACAACGCAGCACUGUGUCUCA